GAGCCGCAACAUAGGAAGGAAAAUGACUCGACCCGCAGGCCUAGAGUUUUGGCGGCUGCAGCACCUCUUCUCGCAGCUCUCCCGCUCUGCGGAGCUGCCAGCGGUCCCGAGAUCGACGGCUUUCUAUAGCACUGCAGUGACCUCAGCUAAAGUAAAAGUGAAUGGCGUCCACCUGCACUACCAAAAAACUGGAAAUGGGAAUCAUGUUGUCCUGCUACUCCCUGGCAUGUUAGGCAGUGGUCAGACUGAUUUUGAACCACAGCUGAAGUAUAUGAACAAACAGAUUUUUACUGUUGUUGCCUGGGAUCCUCGAGGAUAUGGAAAAUCAAUCCCCCCAGUUCGAGAUUUUCCUCCAGACUGUUUUGAAAGAGAUGCAAAAGAUGCUGUUGACUUGAUGCAGGCACUGAAGUUUCAAAAGUUCUCUUUGCUGGGAUGGAGUGAUGGUGGAAUAAUCGCACUCGUUGCCGCUGCAAAACACCCAGAUCUGAUCCACAAAAUGGUGGUGUGGGGAACCAAUGCCAGCGUUACAGAGGAGGAUUUGAAACUUUACAAUGCUAUCCGUGAUGUUUCAAAAUGGAGUGAAAGAGCGAGAAAGCCAAUGGAAGAAAUGUAUGGACAUGAAUAUUUCAGCAAAACCUGUUCAGCUUGGGUGGAUGGAAUCUCCCAGUUCAUGCACAAGUCAGAUGGUAGCAUCUGUCGGCCUCUGCUGCCUAAUAUUAAAUGCCCAACACUAAUAAUACAUGGUGAGAAAGAUCCAUUGGUACCCCGUUUUCAUCCAGAAUACCUCCACAAGCAUAUCAAAGGGUCACAGUUGCGUUUUAUGCCUGAAGGGAAACAUAAUUUGCACCUACGGUUUGCAGGAGAGUUUAACAAAAUGGUAGAAGACUUUCUUCUGUGAAGCACCUACUUCUUUGCUGAGAGACUGGUAUCAUUUAGCUGAAACUGGCAAUAGUGAACUGUACUCUUAAGGGGGAAGGUGUGACAAGGGACAUAGUUUG